AUGGACAAAAUUAUACAGAGAGUUAAAAAAGCAGGAAAGGGAUACAGGCUCUCAACGGACAUGAUAAAAAUUGUGUGUUUUGCAGAUGACGUAAUAUCCGACAACGAAGACGACCUACAGCGCAUGGCAUAUGAAUUCAAACUAGCAGCAGAAGAGUACAACAUGAUCAUAUCAAUAUCAGAAACGAAAUCCUUGGUUAUCGCAAGGGAACCCAAAAGGUGUAAAAUUGUAAUAAACAAUGAAAUAAUUGAGCAAGUGUCUAAGUUCGAAUACCUGGGGGUGGAGAUUUCUGAUUGCGGAGGCCUUAAAGCAGCCGUACGCAAGCAAGCCAACAAAGCGGCGUAUGUUUCCGGUUGUCUGCGUGAUGUCAUUUGGAGGAAUAAGGAUUUGAGAUUGGACGGAAAAGUACGCAUAUAUAAAGCAUGUGUUAGGCCUAUCAUGACGUAUUCUAUCGAGACAAGAGCCGAUACAGCGGAAGCCAAGAGGAUUUUGAGGACAACAGAGAAGAAAGCGUUAAGAUCAAUUGCAGGAAAAACACUACUUGACAGAAUACCCAAUAGUCAGAUAAGAGAACUCUGUAAAGUCCAGGAUGUUGUGCGAUGGGGAAGACAGAGAAGAAGGGAUUGGAACCAGCAUGUGAGCAGAAUGGACCCUCAAAGAUUAGCCCGAAUAGCGAGGGAUUUGAAGCCACUAGGCAAGAGACCACCAGGACGUCCCUUCAAUAGAUGGCGAGACAGCUGGCAGUCUACAUCGCAGUUACUUCUGCAGAACUGA